AACGUGUCUGAAAGUAGAAAAAUGAAUCUCAAUAAAAGUCUUGAAAGGUGUUGGUGAACGUGUAUACUUCGUUCAUUUUGUUAAGCUUCGAGUUAGCCUCGAAGGAGCUCUCUACAGGACAACACGACAAUCAUAACUAUAACUAGUGAAAGGAUAACACAGAAACAAGUAAAAGGGAAAGAGUGUGGAAGAGAGAGAGAGAGAGAGAGAGAGAGAAGAAUCUCAAGAGUUUCUUUUACUCGCAGUAUGAGAAUACCUGUACGCUCGCUUCUACUCUAAAAAGAGUACGAUAGUAGUAGCCAGUAGUUGUCAGUCACCAGGCGAGAAUAUCACGACAAUAUACUAACGAUUCUAACGAAACGUGACAAUCACGACGAUAUAUAAUAAACGGCGUAUGUACGCCGUUGUUAUUCGAUAGAACGAAAUUAGACAAUCGUACGAGACCCCUUCUCGUAAAAGACUCAACUCGUCAUGUACCAAUUCUUGCAUCCUCGUAAUCGCCCUUUACAGACCCUUAUUCUUGGCUUGAUAGUUCUGACUUUUUAUGCUUACUAUCGUACCACCUUCUAUGAUAUUCAUCAGUUUGGUGCAUCAGCUCGAAAUUUCAGUCACACCGUUUAUCAGGAACCACUUCGAAAUCAAUCGAAUCAUAGCAUAGAUAUCCAAUCUGUGCCCAAAAAUAUGACAUAUGAAACUUUGUCUUUGAAUUCUUAUUCUCAACAUAAUGUAAGCAAUACUGCAACAAUUAUCACUACACUUUCUACGUCGUCUAGUUCUCAAGCUUUGUCUUCCGUAAGCACGUCGCUCAAUCUGAAACAAAGCAGUGAAGUACCUUUAUUGGAAACAGAAAUAGUUGUUAAUACACGGAAAAGUGUUUCUGUAAUUUCUAAUGAUUAUGCACGUGCCAUAUAUGAAGCUGGACAUACAGUACCUAUACCAGAAAAAUGUCCAGAUUUUGGUAAAGAAAUGGACUUGGUUAUUAUUAUAAUGUCCGCACCUACACAUGUGGAAGCAAGGACAGCAAUUAGACAAACCUGGGGACACUUUGGACAAAGAAGAGAUAUUAGUAUACUCUUUAUGCUAGGUGCUACUUUAGAUUCUAAAGUUGAAAAAGUACUUGAACGAGAACAAAGAAUAUAUGGUGAUAUAAUACGUGGAAAGUUUCUAGAUUCUUAUUCAAAUCUCACUCUUAAAACAAUCUCCAUUUUGGAGUGGGUAGAUAGUUAUUGUUCCAAGGUGAAAUUUAUUCUAAAGACAGAUGAUGAUAUGUUUAUUAAUGUUCCACGUUUGUUAGCAUUUAUAAACAAGCAUGCAAAAGACAGAAGUGUAAUAUUUGGCAGAUUGGCCAGAAAAUGGAAACCAAUUAGAAAUAAGAAGAGCAAAUACUAUGUAUCACAAAUGCAAUUUAAACAGCCCGUAUUUCCAGACUUUACCACAGGUCCAGCUUAUCUAUUAUCUAGUGACAUAGUGCGUAAAUUGUAUGACGCUGCCUUGGACCAAACAUACCUUAAACUUGAAGAUGUUUUCAUGACUGGAAUUGUUGCACAUAAACUAGGAAUUAAACGAGUGCAAGCUAAUGAGUUCCUCAACAAACGGAUACCUUACAAUCUCUGUAAUAUACAACACGGAAUAAGUAUACACAUGGUUAAAUACAGUGAACAAUUCGAUCUCUGGAAGAAAUUACUCGAUGGUAAAAGUAAAUGUAAGUGAUAAGAAUAGAUAGAAGUUGCACACAUAAUAUUUGAAAAUUGAGUGACAGAUACUUUGUCACAAAAUUUAACUUGAUUCAUUCUAUUUCAUAUAUUAAUUACCACUUUUUGGUGGUCUGCGAUACGUGUAUAUUUUAUUCUAUUUUAUGGCCUCAAUGAAAAAAUACUCUAUAUAGUACAGUCCAUAGGUAAUUUAAAUUAUUAUAAGUAUAUAAAUAAGAUUUUAUAUUUUAAGAACAGGAGUCUAUGUUUUUACACAUAGUUAGUAUUUAUUGUGAGAUAAUAUGACAGCAAUAUAUAGAUUUUUAUUGUCAUACAAUUCGUCUUCUUCUUUACUAUUGAUAUUUUAUUAUUUAGUUUAAAACUUUCUAAUGUCUAUGAUGCAACAAAAAAGAAGAAGAAGUGACUUUCACAUUUAAGUACAUUACGUAUUUGAUAUCGCACAAUUCUUUCCAUAUUUGCUUUAAUAUUAAAAAAGAAUAUUAAUCAAUCAUACUUCAAAAUAUUUUAAUGCCAUUUUUUAUACCAGUGAUGCUCAAUUUGUCUAACAAUAAGUAGAAUAUUCCAAACUACAGGAAAUCAGAAAUAUCGUUAUUUGAGCAUCACUGCCAUAGGCAAUAAUUUUCCUAUAUACAUAUAUACGUUACUCGUAAAUAUAUAUUACAAUGAGGAGUUCGUAUUAUACUAGGACUGGUCGUAUAUAAACUUCUUAUUUAAUAAUUCACAUAAUCGUUAAAAAACAUUAUAUAUAUAUAUAUAUAAUGUGUGUGUAUAUGUGUGUGUGUAUAUCUAUAAUAUGCAUUUUUUUUUUCUCUGAAUUAUUAUCUAGUCAUUGCCUAGAUAAUAUCUUUACAUGCAUGUAAAAGAAAACUUCCACAUGUCGCUUUUUUUAAAACAAUUUUCAAUUAGUAUCUACCCGUUCAUGUAUACAUAGACAUUUAACUGUGUUAUUUUUUCCAAGUGCCAUAUAUAAAAGAUAAAAUAAAAUUGUAUCAUCGUAUAGAAAAAUAAUUUUCUUAAAUGUUGAAAGAAGAAUUUUUCAAAUUCUUUGAUUAUGAAUUUAAAAUGACUGUUUUUCUUCUCGUUUCUUCCGUCUCUCUGUGUCUUUUUUUAUUAUCAUUAGAAAUAUAUUAAAUCGUAAAUAACAUCAUAAUAAUGAUUACGAGGUAAUAAACUUAUAAAGUUUGGGCCAAGGUUUCGUUGUUCAAUGCAAAUGAGAAUCGUUUGAGAGAUCCGAUAGUGUCCUUGACACGAUUUUCAUUCGCUUCGAAUCGAGAUUUUAUGAUGGCGUAAUUAUUAUCAAUUAGGUGCACACGUUAUUUCACUCUCGACAUUGCAUUUAUCGCUAAUGUGCGUAACAAAAGGGUAUAAACGAUCCUAAAUGAUCGUUUCUAUAAACGACCAUAGAAACUUCCAGAAAAAAAAGGAAAAAGAAAACAGGAAAAAAAAAUAAAAAAAAUAAAUAAAGACAAAAAUAAAAAUCCUUCGAAUACAAUCACGAUGUACGCAGGUAUUUGCGUAAUACGAAGUUUUGAAACGAAACAAAACUAAAAAAAAAGAAAAAAAAUCGAUGUUUUUUACUCAUAUCUAAUAUCUAAGCUGAACUCUUACAUAAUCGUAAAUGAUAUUUUGUAAAAAAAACUUCGAACCUAUUUUACAAGAGAAUCCUUAAUAAAAAUAAGAUCGUAAAGUGUGUAAAAAUAAGAAGCACCUAAAUUUCGAAUAAAAGAAAGAUAAAAGAACAAAAAAAA